CUUUUCCACCAAAGUCAGCCAGCCGUUGCCCUAUUUUCUCUCAUUUCCAAUUGCAAACCCUACGAGCCCGGAAAUCCGAAUCGGAUACUUCACCCGUGUACACAAUUUAGCCAACAAAAACUAUUGGACCAAAAUCAGACGGCUCGUAUUUUAAAUCUGAUUUAUGAGAUACAACAUGAGCCCUCUGAUAUUCAUAGUACACUGUACACUUCUAUUAAUACUAGAAAAUUCCACUUGUGCCUAGUCCAUCAUCAUAUACACAGCACCAAUCACUCUCUUCACUCUGCAUUGGGAAGAAGCAAAACAGAGCAAGAAAGAAAACGUGUGAUCAUGUCUUUCUCACAUUCCCCUUCUUCAUCAUCUCAAGCUCAUAGUCCUCAGAGUAACCCUUUAAUCCCCGCAAACUGCUGUCUAGAACUUGGCAAACGAAUGCAGCAAAGCACUUGUCACAACUGUGAUCAACGAGGACAUUGGUCUUAUUACUGUCCUUCCAAAUCCCCCAAAACCAAACCUUUCUCACCCGGAAAAGAUUCCACUGUUCCCUCCAACAAGAAGAUACAGUGCCCUUGUGGCCAUGGCUCUUGCGUAAUCAAAUCACGCUAUGGCAGGGACUACUAUGCCUGCCCCAUCAAAAGGGGGGAAAAAUGUACUAAAGAGGUUGUUAAGUGGUGCAAUGAAGCAAUUGUUGAGAGAGAUUUUCAGCCUCCACCUUUUAAGUAUCCUCAUUGUGCAUGUUCUGCCGGAGUGUGUAAAAGGGUUAAGGGUACAUACUCUAAGUACUAUUUUAUUUGCCCUAUUAAACAGGGUCAGGGAUCUUGUGGAUACAUUGUGUCAGAAGAUGACGUUAAAUUGCUUAGUAGAAAAAACACUGUUCCUGUCCAGCAAAGUAGGCAAAGAACUCAUGAUGAUUUUUGGGAGGGAUGCCUAAAUGAUGAGAUGGGUGAUGAAUUGGGUAAGGGAGAUGGUUUGCAUGUACAGAUCAAAAGGAUGAGAAUCGCAGACAGUCCCGCGAGUCCAUUGCCGGUGAAUUUAUCCGAGACUCUGGGAAAAAAAGAUGCAGGUGCAGCACUAAAUGCAGCCAAUUCAAAACGUGAUGGUUUUCCGGAUUUGGUGUUUGAUGAUGAUGAUGAUCUAGAAUUUGCAAACUCAGUAUCAUGGGAGACUGUUGAGGCAGAAGCAUUUCUGUUAUUAUCCUGUCUAUCAACACCUUCAAGGAUCUGUUGGCGACAGAUUAUGUUUCAGAGGCGCAUUUUCUCUAAUGUUUCAUUUGGUUCUUGUCCUAUGGGUUGGCUAGGCCGCCUUCUUUUCUUCUAUCCAACACAAAGCUUGAAGCACCCCACACCUCUGCCCUUUUACUGCUGCGUUUUCCCAUCCUAUAAUCCAAUAAUUGUUCCUAAAAAGACAAGUAUUCCUGAUUGUCCUGUUGAAUGUAACCAGCUUGCUAUCAGCAGAGUCAGUCAACACACCCAACUUUCAACUGUUAAAACUGAGGUUUCUGGAGAUGUAGUUAGUCCCAGUAAAUCACCAGAUGGUAAAAGAAAGUCAAUAUUGUCAAAGGCACAAAGGCAUAGAGAAGUGGUCUUGUUUACACAGCAACGACUUCUCAUUGAUCUAGAGACUUUGGCUCCUCAUGAGCACGAGUCCAUGAGAGAGGCAGCAAAGAACACUUUUGAAUUAUUAAAUGUUAUAGGGGUUGAUUAUAAACAAUUUUCUGAUAACGUCUUGGACUAUAUCAACUUUGUAUCAUCAAUUGCAGAAAUAGAUAGGUCCAUGGAAAAUUCCCUUACUAUGGAGGAGCGUAUUAAACUCUUUGAGGAGGAGAAAAUGAGAUUUGUUCAACUCCAAGAUGACUAUGUCAAGACCAAAGCUUUGCUUGAAGAAUCAUAUCGGCAUAGACAAUUGCUCUGUGAACAGGUCUCUAAUCUCAAGGCCAUGCUCAAUGAAAAACAAAAACAAUUAAAACAUCGUGAGUUGGAGACCUUGAAGAUAGAGACUCAUCUUCGUGAUUUGAAAAGGAAUAUAUUGGAGACUGAUGCAACGUUGAAGGAAAGAGCUGAGCAAACAGAAGUGGCAAGGAAGCAUAGUGAAGAGAGACAAGCAAAGCAAAUUGCAGCUAAGGAAGCGCUUGCCAAGGCAAAACUUGAAUUGGAAAACUAAUUACUCAAUAUUAGUGAAGUGUAUGUAUUACAGUUUUUGUCAAUAGUGUAUAAGUAAGCUCUGUCUCUUCCUCCUCCAGAACUAUGUAGGGUCUGUCUCCUGUUUGUAUCAGGUGUUGUUGGUAGGUUUUGCUUGUAACAUUGGCAACUUGAUAAAUGUAAUUGUUCAUCGUAGAAUCAUGUCCUAUGUGUGUAAUGUAUGCAUCAUAUAAUUAUCUAAGCCUUCUUCUCUAAA